AUGCCAAUUCCUCACCUCUACUCCAAUCUCGCACGUCAAGGACUUGCGAAAUCCAUCACCCACGGUUACGCCCAAUCCGUCGUUGCGGCCACCCACCCCCAGUCCUACGCCACCUCCAAUCGCUCGCGCUUCUCCCUACAUCGUCGCGCCAGCAAGGUCGGCACCCGCCAGUACCAUUUCCAAAAUGCCUUUCACAACAGCAGCCAGCCGAGCACGAUAGUGCAGGAGACCCGACAGGAGGCAAAACCGGAAGUUCUCAAGACAGAUGGGGGUUUAGACGCCUACUUCGAGGCGUGGAAGCGCCAUCAUGCUGCAGGCGAGCCGGAGGAGGAAUGGACGCAGUUCCAGUUUACGAAGCGGAUUGAGUGGGAGCCGUUGAGUGAGGUGGAGGCGGAGGCCAACAGCAGUGCCGAGGUUGCAUUGAGGCCGAUUGAGAGGUCGCACAGCGCGAGUGCGUUGGAUGGCGUGAAGAGGGUGGAAUUAGGGGCCGAGGAGGAAGCCGCUCUUGCGGAGAUUGAUGCUGCCAUUGCAAAGGAGAUCAAGUCUCGAAAUGAGCAGGCAAUUUUUGAGGCCGAGUUGAGCGUUGUCGCGGCUCGCGUGCCUACGCCUCCUGUCUCCGAUAUUCAGUCUCCGGCCGUCUCCGCGGCCGAGUCGAACCUCAAGACGCCCACGAGCUCAUUCACCACCCUUAGCACCGCAUCGGACUUGCAGUCUCAAAGUUAUGCUGAUCACCUGACCAAGCUCUCUGAGGCCGGCCGAUAUGCGGAAAUCCCGGCGGUUUUCGAGGCGAUGCUGGUUGCUGGCACCCAGCCUACCGCAGCCGCAUACAAUGCUCUCCUAGAUGCCGCCAUCCAUCUCCCGUCAGAGAGGAUCCAGGUUGUUCCAAAGGCCCUGGAUGUCUACUCAGACAUGCUCAGGCGCAAGGUCUUGCCAAACACCUCGACCUACAAAACCCUGAUCAACUUGCUUUCUUCCCGAUCCAUCGAGGUUUCCUCGCUGAAACAGUCCUUGGAGGAGAAGCGUGUGCGCUUUGGUGGCAUGGAGGCCCCCGGCAAAUUCAUGUUCCCAUCAAACGAAGUUGAAUUUGCUAUUCUUGCUGAGGACGAUAGACUUGAUCUGGCCAUCAGAUUAUUUGAUGCUUCGAUUGUCUACCGCAAGGAUCGGUCAUAUCCACCUGAGACCUACCAUUCACUCAUCCAGGCAUGUUCGGCUGCUGGCAGAGUACCGGACAUGAUCCGACUGUAUGAGCAUAUGGAGUCGAGCCAGAUUGCCCCAUUGGCGGCUACUUUCCCCCCAAUGAUCAAAGGUUUCACGCAAACCGGAGAUCUUAGCAGCGCUGUCGAGUGUUACAAUGAAUACAAGCAGCUGGCUAUAGCACAUGACAAGGGCGAUGUUGAAUUGAGAGACCGCCAGGACGGACCAGUUUAUGCUGCUGUCAUCAGAGCUUAUAUUACAUCUGACAGACUGGAAGGUGCCUCGAAAUUCUACAAGAAGAUCAUUGACUCUUACGGAUCCAACGUCACACCCAUCAAGGACUCCAUUAUCCAUGGAGGCUUUGUGCAGGGCAUGCUUGAACGUAGCAUGCUAACGGAGGCCCUUGAAUGGGCUGAGAGUCUCAGCGACUCUGCGAAGCCUGCUGCAAUGAGCAAGAUCGCGACGGCGGCUGCGGACAAGGGCAACAAGGCGAUUGCCAUUACAGCAUUCGCUAAUAUCCCCUCAAACUUCCAGGAUGUUACAACUCCUGCUAUGGCCAUGCUUGCUCUUAGCGUUCGUGCUGGCGAUGUUGCCGCAGCUCAACGGUACUGGCAUAUCUUGUCCCAUCCCGAGAGGAAUGUGCCCGCCUCAUUCAUUGAGCCAGCGGUCAUGUACGCCAUCGCCAUGAUUGGCUCCGGACAGGUCGCCGAGGGUCUAUCGCAGUCGGAGCAGAUGUUUGCUCGCAUUCGGUUGUCCGGCGUUGAUAUUACUACUAGCGUGCAUGAUGAGAUCGAAGAGGGUGCUGAGCUAAUCAAUAAGUUCAUGACCACCCGUGGCAUCACAGAUAAUCGUGGAGCCGUUGCAGAUACACCCAUCUUCCAACAAAGCUUCACACCUACGCCAUACCGACCUGCACCCGCUUAUGAAGACAGCUUCGAUCCAUAUGCUGCUUCAACCGAUUUCAAAGGCUCUGCACUCAUUGCAGACGAGCUAGAGCGAGGCAACAAUGGUCGUGUCAAGGGCUCACGGUUGAACGAGGCGCUGGGUCGAUUCAAGAACAUUCGCCGGGCUGGUCGUCAUCCACGUUAUAUCACAUACGCCAAGCUCAUUUCCGCUGCUGCACGUGAGGAACGGAUGAACCUGGUCCAUGAAAUCCUCAGCAUGGCUCGAUCUGAUAUUCCUCUGCUUCAGCAAUACUCGAGUGUUCGUUAUGGCUGGGCCUCGAUACUUGAUGCCAUGGUUGGAGCCUGCCUAACCCUCGGUAACCGCACUCUUGCCGCUCAAUAUCACCAAGAGCUUCUGGAUAUGGGCGCUGCUCCAACUGCCAACACCUUCGGACUGUAUAUCACCACACUGAAGGAGUCGACCAAGACCUUCGACGAAGCCACCGAGGCUGUGAAGAUCUUCCAUCGCGCCAAGGCUGAAGGUGUCGAGCCAUCUUCCUUCCUCUACAACGCCCUCAUUGGCAAGCUUGGAAAGGCUCGCCGCAUUGACGACUGCCUCUUCUACUUCGCUGAGAUGCGCAGCCUUGGUAUCCGACCUACUAGCGUUACGUACGGAACCAUUGUCAACGCUCUUUGCCGAGUUAGCGAUGAGAAGUUCGCCGAGGAACUGUUUGAAGAGAUGGAGUCGAUGCCAAACUACAAGGCUCGUGCUGCUCCGUACAACAGCCUGAUGCAGUUCUUCCUUACUACAAAGCGUGACAAGAGCAAGGUCCUCGCAUACUAUGAGCGAAUGAAGAGCAAGGGCAUCCAGCCAACCAACCACACCUACAAGCUUCUCGUGGAUACCCAUGCCACCCUCGAGCCUGUCAACAUGCCAGCUGCUGAGGCCGUCCUGGAUGUCAUCCGCAGCACCGGUCAAAAGCCCGAGGCUGUCCAUUACUCGUCAUUGAUCCACGCCAAGGGCUGCGUUCUUCACGAUAUGGAGGGUGCCAACGCUGUGUUCGAUUCGGUCAUGGCCGACAACUCAAUCCGUCCCCAAGCCUGCCUCUACCAAGCACUCUUCGAAUCCAUGGUUGCCAACCACCGCGUCACGGAUACCGAGCCAAUCCUCCAGAAGAUGUCUUCGCGAGGUGUAGCAAUGACACCAUACAUCGCCAACACUCUCAUCCACGGCUGGGCCAACGCAAAGGACAUCAACAAGAGCAAAUCCAUCUUCCAAUCCGUCGGUCGUGAGAAGCGCGAGCCAAGCACAUACGAGGCUAUGACCCGCGCCUACCUCGCCGUCGAAGACCGAUCCGGCGCCAAGGCCAUCGUCCAGGAGAUGCUCAGCCGCGGCUAUCCCGGAGCCGUCUCCAACAAAAUCCUCGAAUUACUCGGCGGUGGCGGCAAUGCCGAGACAGCAGCCAUCUAA